AUUACCCAACUGAAAUGAAUUUAUCGUCGAGAACAACAAGAGAACCAAGAGUGAUAGUCCAAAUAGAGAGUGAGAUUGAUAUUCUUGAUGAUGGUUAUCGCUGGAGAAAAUAUGGCCAAAAAGUUGUGAAGGGAAAUCCAAAUCCUAGGAGCUAUUACAAAUGUACAAGUGCAGGUUGUCCAGUAAGAACACAGAUAGAAAGGGCACCCGAAAACAUUAAAUCAGUCAUCACAACAUAUGAAGGAAAACAUAAUCAUGAAGUGCCUUCAAUAAACAAGACAAAUGGUGUUGCGACAACUGCUACUGUUGGAAACCAAACUUCACCUUUAAUUUCAAAUGGGAAAUCUUCUAUAUUGACAUUUUCAAAAAGCCGUAAAGUUUCCAAUCUUGAAACACAAGUACAAGAUUUGAACUUCCAAUUUGAAGGAAAGCCCUUUGGAUAUACAAGACCAAAUUUUCUUGAAAAUCAACUUAGUGACCUGAGAUGUGGAGUUGUUUCACCCCUCUAUGACUUGAGAUUCCCACCUAAUUUACAGAACCUUCUAUCCUGUAAUUCAUUUCUCUUUAAUCCUACACAAAUAUCAAAUUCACUCCCGUAUACUCUAUACAUGCCUGAUUUUUCAUUGCCUAAUCUUUCUAUUGGCCCCAAUAAAGUACCUCCUCUUGAUGAAUUUCAUUUUAAUGAUUUCCAAUAA